UCUGUCACAUCUGCAGGUAUGAAGGUGCUUCUAGCUGGACUUGUUCUGACCCUUGUUGUGGGGGCUCAGGCCCAGUGGUACCGCUUCCCUGGUGAAGCUGCUCAUGGUCCGUUUUUACACUUUAAUCAUUGUUUCUUCAUUGUUGACAGAAAUAGAUACAGAAAUCAAGAGAAACAUUUGAUGACUCCUUUAAAGUCAUUGUUAUUUCUUGAGGCUAGUGGUUUGAAAAGUUGUAAUGUUCUUUGUAAGUGUCACACUCAACAUCCGUGUACUCCUGACCCUGCAGGUGCUAUAGACAUGUGGCGUGCAUACGACGACAUGAGGGACUCCAACUGGAAACACUCAGACAAGUACUUCCACGCCCGGGGCAACUAUGAUGCUGCCAGGAGAGGACCAGGGGGCAGGUGGGCAGCAGAAGUCAUCAGGUGGGUGAUUCUCAAAUAUCUGAGAGACGCUUAUAAUGUGGUUCAGUUGGUCAUCAACUGAUCUCACAAAAACUUUCUCCUUUCUCUAUUUAGUUCUUUAUGACACUUUUUGUUUAAAAAAGUGUCUGGUCAGAGAGACAAUUUUACCAUUAUUCGUUCACUGUCGUUGACGAGUAACUUAUGUAAUAUUUAUCCUCUCUCAGUGAUGCCCGGGAGAGGUUUCAGGGUUCCAGUGGUCGAGGACACGAGGACUCAGCAGCUGACCAGGUGGCUAACCACUGGGGACGCAAUGGAGGUGACCCCAACCACUACAGACCCAAAGGACUCCCCAAGGAGCACUGA